AUGGCACCAGCCAUGUUCAUUGCAUGGACUUUUUGUGCAAUGUUGAUCUCAAACAACCUUGUACAAGGUAUAGGUGUCAAUUGGGGUUCCCAGUCAUCGCACCCUUUGAACCCCAGCAUUGUGGUUGGCAUGUUAAAGGACAAUGGGAUCAAACAAGCGAAGCUUUUCGAUGCAGAUGGUUGGACGGUCAGUGCUUUCGCCGGGUCGGGGAUUGAGGUCAUGGUUGGUAUCCCUAAUAACCAGCUGAAAGGCCUCGCUAAUGACUACGAUAAAGCCAAAGAUUGGGUCAAAGAAAAUGUCACCAAACAAAUUAAUGAUGUUGAUAUCAGGUAUGUUGGUGUUGGAAACGAGCCAUUCUUGAAGAGUUACAAUGGUACUCAUCUAAAGACUACAUUCCCAGCAUUACAAAACAUUCAAAAGGCUCUGAAUGAGGCUGGCUAUCGCGGCAAAAUCAAAGCCACAGUACCCCUUAAUGCUGAUGUCUAUGAGGCUUCUUCAAACAAACCAUCAGAUGGUAACUUUCGCAAGGAUGUUCGUAGUGUUAUGCUCCAAAUAGUAAAAUUCCUCGACGAAAAUGAUGCCCCCUUUUUGGUUAACAUAUAUCCCUUCCUUAGUCUUUAUCAAAGCUCAAGUUUCCCCAUGGAUUUUGCUUUCUUUGAUGGUGGCAGCCCAAUUCAAGACAAGAAUAUCCAAUAUACGAAUGUGUUUGAUGCCAAUUUUGAUACACUUGUUUGGACACUAAGAAAGAAUGGUUUUGGGGACUUGAAAAUCAUGGUAGGAGAAGUUGGAUGGCCUACUGAUGGUAACAUAAAUGCCACCCCAAAAUUGGCUAAAAGGUUCUAUGAUGGGUUCCUUAAGAGAAUGGCUAACAAAAAGGGAACCCCACUUAGGCCAGGCCAAAUGGAAGCUUACCUUUUUGGCCUUCUUGAUGAGGACAUGAAGAGCAUUGAUCCUGGGGACUUUGAGCGCCACUGGGGGAUUUUCCGCUAUGAUGGGCAGCCCAAGUUUCCAAUUGAUUUCAGUGGCAAAAAUAAUAACAAGAUGCCAGUAGGUGCAAAAGGGGUCCAAUACAUGGAUUCUCAAUGGUGUGUGCUUAAACAGGAUACUAAGAACAUAACCGAAGUAGUUCCUGAAAUUGAUUAUGCAUGUUCUAACUCUGAUUGCAGCAGCUUGGGUUAUGGCUCUACAUGCAACAGUUUGGGCGCCCAUGAGAACGUGUCUUAUGCUUUUAACAUGUACUACCAAAUGCAAGACCAAAGUGUUGAGGCAUGCAAAUUCAAUGGGCAAGCUGAGAUUGUUAAGCAAAAUGCUUCCAAAGGAAGUUGCCUAUUUCCUGUACAGAUAUUAAGUGCUGGAGAGAGGCUGAGCUUGGCAUAUGGAGCAACUAUUAUCGCUGGAUUGUUGUUGAGCUUGUUCACAUUGGUUUGA